GCGAGAGUUGGUAUCAAGGAAUCUUAUAGGCCCCCCAACUUUGUCAGUAGCCAAUCGAAACUAGUGCCGAAAUAAGCAGGAUAUGAAGGGCUUGGUAAGAAGUACAGAGUUAAAGCGAGAUCAAGCUUUUUAUUGAAGAUGAUAAAGGUUAUAAAGAUCACAAAUGUGCACGGGCUUGUAAAGAUGGUGGAGAAAUAAUGACAUGUAUAUAUAACUUUACUCUAGAAUAUUAUUAUACAUUGAGUAAAGCAUGUUAUGAUUGUCCUAGAAAUAUAACAGAUUGUAAUAGACCACAUUGUAUAUCAGCUGAUGGAGUUCCACGAUCUGUAGUUGUUGUUAAUAGAAUGUUACCUGGUCCAGGAAUCCGGGUUUGUCAAAAUGAUAUGAUCGUCGUUAAUGUAAAGAACCAAUUAGAAACAAAUGAAGGCACGGCUAUACAUUGGCAUGGUAUUUAUCAGAAAGGUUCCCAAUGGAUGGAUGGUGUUCCUAUGGUAACACAAUGCCCUAUACCAACACAUUCUACAUUUCAAUACAGAUUUAAAGCUGAAAACGCUGGAACACAUUAUUGGCAUUCUCAUGCUGGUGUACAAAGAGCAGAUGGAAUAUUUGGUCAUUUGGUUGUAAGUCAACCACCAAGUAGAGAAGUCCAUUUUUCGCUAUAUGAUGAAGAUCUUGCUGAACAUACUGUAAUGGUCAAUGAUUGGUUAAAUCAACUAACAAUUGAUCGAUUUGCCGAGCAUCACCAUAGUGACGGUGACAACAAACCUCGACUGAUGCUUAUAAAUGGUAAAGCAGCUUACCAAGACUUCGCGUAUGAUGAUCUACCUGGUAAAAUAUUGAACACUCCCAGGGAGGUUUUCCACGUUAAUCGCACUAAAAGUUAUCGGUUCCGAAUUGUCAGCAAUGCUAUAUUCAACUGUCCUCUUCAAAUAUCCAUUGAUGAUCAUCCCAUCAUAAUAAUAGCAAGUGAUGGAAACCCUUUUGAACCCAUCGUAGUGGACUCAUUCAAUAUCUUUGCUGGAGAAAGAUACGACUUCGUGUUAAAUGCAAAUAAAGAUGUCGGUAAUUAUUGGUUUAGAGUUCGGGGAUUAGCUGAUUGUGGUGAAAACCAAAAGCAAGCCCAAGCCCUCGCCAUUCUUAGAUAUCAUGGCAGCCCCAAAGAACUUCCAACAGCUCCACAAGACUAUAUGAGGUCGAAGCAAGGUGGAAAACUGCUCAAUCCAUGGAACCAAAAGGAAAACGAGGACCAGAUUCCUGUUACUAAAUUAACUUCGAUGGUUCCUGAUGAUAUGGCACUCAAAGAACAACCAGACAAAAAGUUUUAUUUGACGUACGAUUUUUCCAAAAUUGAUAAUAUUUUCUAUAAUCGUCCAGAUCUUUAUCCACUUUCAUCAGUGGUCCGACAGAAACAUUUGUAUUCACCACAAAUCAAUCGAAUCUCCAACAUGAUGCCACAUGCUCCAAUUUUGACUCAACAUGAUGAUGUGCCGGAGGAACUGUACUGUGAUAAAGAUACUAUUCAAAAGAACUGCACAGAAGAAUUUUGCCAAUGUAUUCACCGACUUAAAGUAGAUUUAGGUGAUACUGUUGAAAUUGUAUUGAUUGACGAAGGUGUCACGUUCAACGCCAAUCAUCCAACACAUUUACAUGGUCAUCCCUUCAGAGUAAUUGCCAUGGAUAAAUUAAAUACAUCAACAUCAUUAGAAGAAGUUAAAGCUCUAGAUGAAGGAGGUUUUAUCAAGAGAAAAUUAAGUAAAGCUGUUAGUAAAGAUUCAGUAACUGUACCAGAUGGUGGUUAUACUGUUAUUAGAUUUUAUGCCGAUAAUGCAGGAGCGUGGUUUUUCCAUUGUCACAUACAGUUCCAUGCAGAUAUCGGAAUGGCAGUCAUAAUACAAGUUGGUACUAAGGAUGAAAUGCCGAAAAGGCCAAAGGGGUUCCCCAAAUGUGGAACUUGGCAGUAUUCUGGUAUGGAAGUUGACCCUAAUCCCAAAGACAAGUGCAGUUCUAGUACAUCAUCACAACAGUUGAACUUCCAUCUUAAAUUUGUUUUAUUUAUAUAUGUUACGUUCAAAAUGCUUUAGUAUUGACCAUUUUACUUUCCAAAGCAAACAACAUCCAUCGAUCAGAUCAGUUGAUAGUGGUUUCAUUUUUUGCGAGACCAUUUCCUUUCUUUUAUAUACAUGUACAGUAUCUUUACAGGGACUUUAGUUUUAAAGGUUCAGAUUAAUUUAGUAUCGCUAUAUUCAUCAAAUAUUGCGAUUUAUAGGAAACGUCUUUCAACUGUCGUCUGUUAAUAACACAUGUAAUCGAUGUAUUCUUUUUUGCACUUAACACUUACUUAACUAUUUUAAUUUGUUGAUAUAUUUUAGAUCAGGAAUAUGAUACAUAUUUUAUUUUUCAUCGUAGUUUUUAAGUAUUGUUUUAUAUGGUAGAUAUAAUUUUAGUCUAAGAAGAUAUUUCUGGAGCUAACUUUGUCCAUAGUUCGAAGGUACCCGGUGUUCGUAUCAAAACUGCGCUAUUAAAUGCUCUAUGAGCUUUUAAUGCUUGACCGCACAAUAGAGGGCAGAGUUUUGAUUUAAGAAAAAAAUAUUGAAAUUUUCAUGAGACUUGUGUUAUGAUAAAACGGAGUUCCUUAUUUUUUGCCAAAAUUAUUUUCUUAUUUUUAGAGUUAUGUCCCUUUUUUGCAAAACAAAACAUGCCCAUACUGCUGGUCAUGCUUUUGAAACUUAAUAAUGUAUAUGAUAAUGUGUUUGUAGAAACUAAAGAGUAUAAAUUAUAGGUUAA